AUGGCAGGAUCAUCUUCAACCUUAACCAAGAGAAAUAACAACAGUACUAAGAAGAUAAAGUGGAGCAAACUCUACUCCUUCUCAUCAUGCACUAGACCUUUGGCAAAAGAAGAAAACGACAACUCGUUUGUCGGUUUGAGUUGCUGUAAUCCGGGGUUUUCGAGGCUAGUCUUCUGCAACGAACCUCAACGGCACAGUGUGAAGCCGUACAAGUACGGUAAAAACGACUUGUCCACGACGAAAUACAAUGUCGUUAGCUUCCUUCCCAAGGCCUUGUUCGAACAGUUUCGGCGAGUGGCCAAUCUCUACUUUCUUUUGGCCGCGGCUCUGUCCCUAACGCCGUUUACUCCGUUUGACGCCGUUAGUUUGAUCGCUCCUUUGGUUUUCGUGGUUGGAGUUAGUAUGCUCAAAGAGGCUGUCGAAGAUUGGCACAGAUUCUUACAGGAUAUUAAUGUGAACUCAAGAGCAGUAGAGGCUCACAUUGGAGGAGGUACAUUUGUUAACAAAGCAUGGAAAGAAGUGAGCGUAGGAGACAUUGUUAAAGUAAACAAAGAUGAAUACUUCCCAUGUGAUAUUCUCUUGUUAUCAUCAAGCUUUGAGGAUGGAAUUUGUUAUGUAGAGACCAUGAACCUUGAUGGAGAGACCAAUCUCAAAGUCAAAAGAUGCUUAGAAGCAACACUAUGCUUGGACAAAGACCAAGAAUUCAGCCAUUUUCGAGCCAUGAUUCGUUGUGAGGAUCCAAAUCCUCAACUCUAUACUUUUGUUGGGAACUUGGAGUUCAAAAAUGAGUCAUUUUCCUUGUCCCCUUACCAACUUCUCUUGAGGGAUUCGAAGCUUCGAAACACUGAUUAUAUCUAUGGUGUUGUGAUCUUUACUGGAAAAGACACAAAAGCAGUAAGAAACUCAACCAUGGUUCCAUCUAAGAGAAGCAAAAUUGAGAGAAAGAUGGAUCAUGUUAUAUAUGUUCUGUUUUCAUUGCUGCUUUUGAUUUCAUUGAUGACUGCAUUUGGUUUUUCUUGGCUUCUGAAGUCUGAGAUGGUUAAAUGGUGGUACCUUCGUUUAGAACAAGGUCACACUGACAUUGAUGAACUGCUUUUCAGACCAUCAAAGCUUAUGGUGUCUGGUUUACUUCAGUUUUUAAGAGCACUCAUAUUGUAUGGCUACUUAAUCCCUAUUUCUCUUUAUGUAUCCAUUGAAGUUGUUAAAGUUUUACAAGCCAUGUUAAUCAAUAAGGAUAUGGAGAUGUAUGAUGAAGUGUCUUGCAACUCAGUUCAUGCUCGAACUUCUAAUUUGAAUGAAGAACUAGGCCAAGUAGAAAUGAUACUUUCUGAUAAGACAGGGACUUUGACAUGUAAUCAGAUGGAGUUUAGGAAAUGCUCAAUUGCAGGAGUUUCAUAUGGGGGUGAUACAAAUGAGGUUGAUCUUGAAGCAUCCAGAAGAAUUGAAAUUGAGGCUUUUCAGUUUAGUAUAGAUGAUUUUGACACUACAAGAAGCCAAAGAUUUGAAAAAUUUGACUUCUCAAUUGCUGAUAUUGGAACUGAAAUGGAGUUUUUAGGUGGCCAAAAAAAGAGUAAUGGAAAUCCAAGUAAAGAAAACGCAGGAAUGCCUUCUUUAUCCAAAGUAUCAAAUCUCAAGGGUUUCAACUUUUGGGAUGAUAGAAUUAUGAACAAAAAAUGGAUUCAUAGCUCCAAUAUGGAUGAUGUAACAAUGUUCUUCAGAGUCAUGGCUUUGUGUCACACAGGAAUACCUGUUGAAGAUGAAAAUAGUAAUAGGCUCAAGUAUGAGGCUGAGUCACCAGAAGAAGUAGCCUUCCUAAUUGCUUCGCAGGAAUUCGGAUUCCAAUUUUUUCAAAGAACUCAAUCCAUAAUACAGCUCAAGGAGUUGGAUCCUUCUUCUAGAAAGAAAGUCACUAGGGAAUAUAAGCUUUUAAAUCUAUUGGAGUUCAGUAGUUCAAGGAAGAGAAUGUCUGUUAUAGUCAGCAAUGAAGAUGGGAAAAUCUUUCUACUUUGCAAAGGUGCAGAUAGUAUCAUCUUUGAUAAGCUGGGAGACCAUGGUAGGAAAUAUCAAGAGGAAACAACUAUACACCUUUCAAGCUACGCAGAAGAUGGUUUUCGAACUCUAGCUUUCGCUUAUCGACUACUUGAUGUGUCUGAGUAUGAAAAUUGGAACAAAAUAUUUACACAAGCAAAGACAACAAUCGGUCCUGAAAGAGAUGAGUUACUAGAGAAAGCAUCUGAAGUGAUUGAAAAAGAUCUGACUUUGUUAGGAGUUGCUGCUAUUGAAGACAAGCUACAGAAAGGGGUUCCAGAAUGUAUAGAUAAACUUGCCCAAGCAGGGAUUAAAAUAUGGCUGCUCACUGGGGAUAAGAAGGAAACAGCAAUAAAUAUAGGAUUCGCAUGCAGUUUACUUCGACAGGAUAUGAAACAAUUGCAUUUGAGUUUGAGCAAUGAAACUGAAAGAAAUGGCCAAUUAAAGGCUAUGAAAGAAGACAUUUUACACCAACUUGAUAGUUUUUAUCGAGUCAUGGCAAAAGAAAAUAAUCAAUGUUCACCCUUGGCUUUGGUGGUUGAUGGAAAAGCUCUUGAGGUUGCUUUGAAAAGUGAUGUUAAGCAUCAUUUCUUACAAUUGGCAGUUAUGUGUGCCUCUGUCAUAUGCUGCCGGGUUUCUCCAAAACAGAAAGCUUUGAUUACUAGAUUAGUAAAGGAACAUACUGGAAAGACAAUCUUGGCAAUUGGUGAUGGAGCUAAUGAUGUUGGUAUGAUUCAAGAAGCUGAUAUUGGAGUUGGAAUUAGUGGUAUGGAAGGAAUGCAGGCAGUAAUGGCCAGUGACUUCUCAUUGCCUCAAUUCCGGUUUUUAGGGAGACUAAUAAUAGUUCAUGGUCACUGGUGUUACAAGAGAAUUUCCAAAAUGAUUCUCUAUUUCGUAUACAAGAACAUUGCAUUUGGCCUCACUCUCUUCUACUUUGAACUAUACACAAGUUUCUCUGGGGAAGUCUUAUAUGAUAAUUGGUACAUGACAUUGUUCAAUGUGAUCUUGACUUCUUUGCCAGUUAUAUCAUUAGGAGUCCUUGAGCAAGAUGUUUCAUCAGAAGUCUGCCUUCAGUUUCCAGCUCUUUACCAACAAGGACAAAAGAACAUACAUUUCACAUGGAGUCGAAUCAUUGGUUGGAUUCUAAACGGCGUCGUUUCUUCUCUUGUCAUCUUCCUUGCCAACAUCUACAUCCUCUGUCCGCAAGCCUUUCAAGAGAACGGAUUUGUUGCUGAUCUCACACACCUAGGUGCCAUCACAUACACCUGUAUAAUAUGGACAGUAAACUGCCAAAUAUCUCUCAUCAUCAGCCACUUCACUUGGAUCCAACACCUUUUCAUAUGGGGAAGUAUCUUGUUUUGGUACAUUUUCUUGUUUGUGUAUGGUGCACUCUCUCCUCCCUACUCGAAAGGAGGAUUUCGCCUCUUGGUGGAGUCUCUAGGAACUUCACCAUUGUAUUGGUUGGUCACAUUGCUGGCUGUGGUUGUUUCUCUUCUUCCUUACUUUUUCCACAUUGUCAUCCAAAGAUUGUUCUGUCCCAUGGAUGAUCAUGUGCUUCAGGAGAUGAAACACUGCAACAAGGAUGUUGCUGACAGUGUGAUGUGGCAGAGAGAGCAAGACAAUUCUAAGAAGUCAACACAGGUCGGGUUUUCGGCAAGAGUUGAUGCAAGGAUUCGAGAUUUUACAAAUAACUUACAGCACAAGAAAAAAGUAAUAUAUAAAUCAAUAUUAACAAAAAGCCCUUUUUUCAAAUAAGUAUAUAUUUUUGUUGAUUCAUUUAGGCUAAGGAGUUGACUUAUUUAGUGUUUUUUGUUCAUUAUGUAUCCAAUGUAAUCUUGUUUCAAUUAGUUGUUGGCCCCUAUGCUUAUUUAUUUUUAAUCCUUUAAUCCUUGAUUGAAAU